AUGCGUUUCGGCAAGACAUUGAAAAAAUCGAUCUACGAGCCGUGGGCCUCCAACUACAUUGACUAUGCAAAGCUAAAGCAGCUUCUUCGGGAAGAUGAUCCUUCAGAGGAAGAAUACGGAGAGUGGACCGAGGAUGAUGAGGGUAGAUUCGUGGAGGAACUCGUCAAUGUUCAGCUAGAAAAGGUCAAUGCCUUCCAAGCCGAGACGUACACAGGCCUCCGUGAGCAAACCUCCGAUUGCGAGACUCGGCUUGAAAAAGAAGCAGGAUCAGAGACAAAGGGCGAGGAGGCUUCGGGUCAGAAUCAUGACCAAGACGAGCAGCAGGACGAGAAGCAGGAUGAAAAGAAGGAUGAGAAGAGCCAGGAAGACGGCAAGCUGCAACAGGUGCUCAAGGAGCUGGACGGCAUCAUGAAGGAAAUCAACGAGCUAGAGAAGUACAGCCGUAUCAAUUAUACCGGCUUUCUGAAGGCUGUAAAGAAACACGACCGAAGACGCGGGUCAAAGUAUAAGGUCCGACCGUUGCUCCAAGUCAGAUUGGCAGCAUUGCCUUUCAAUUCGGAGGAUUAUUCGCCCUUGCUCUACAGGCACGUGACCCAAUGA